AUGGAGUAGCUCAAGCAGAAAUUAAAGGAAUUAGGAAAUCCUUAUCAUUUAUUAGAGCUAGAUGAUAAAAAGCAUCAUAGCAAGAAAGACAUUAAAUCAGCUUAUAAGGCUAUGGCUUUAAAGUAUCACCCUGAUAAAAACUCUAGUGAUGAUGCUUAAGAGAGAUUUCAUAAGAUAUAAUUAGCUUAUAAAUUGCUUAGUGAUCCGGAAUAAAUGAAAUAAUUAGAAGAGAUUAAAUAAACAACUUUCGACUAGCAAAAAAGAGUAGAUGAAAUGAAUACUACGCAAAGAAAGUUUUAUGAUGACUUGCUGAAGAGGGAAUAAGAAUUUAAGGAACAAGAAGAAGAGAGAAAGAAAUAAUAAAUGAAAGACCUACUCAAAAGACAUGAAAAAUAGAAAGAGAGGGAAUAAGAAAGAUAAGAAGAAGAAAAGCAAAGACAGUAAUAAAAAGAAGAAAAAAUAAGGUAGGAGCUAAGUAAUCAAGAGUUUCAUUCAAAAAUUAACUCAAUUAAAGUUAAGUGGAGCAAGAAAGAUAAAGUUUAAUAUAAUGAAAAAAUACUUAACAUGCAAUUUAGAUAAUAUGGACCAAUAAAACAUAUAACAAUCUUAGACUCAAAAAGAAGGGCGGUUAUAGAAUUUUUGACAGCAACUGCUGCAGAAAAUGCUGCCAAAGAAAACUCAACUCAAAACAACAGCGAUAGUUCUGAUAAUGAAAACGAAGAGCUCUAAAUUUAAACUCACUUAAAAGUUAAAUUUCUACUAAAAGAGAAAGAGCGUAAAGAAAUGAUCAAUUUAAUCGAAGUUAAAACGAAAGAAGCUAAUAAACCAAAAGAUAUGUCCUUAAAUACCAAUAACUUAAAUAAAAUUGCAGAUAUAUUAUCUAGAGGAAGUAUCUCUAAAGACCAAAGAAAGAAUAUUAUUAACAGUAGUGUUAGCGAACUUAAAAGAUAGCAAGAAAAAAAAAAGUACAUUGAAGAAUCUCUAUAGAAAGAUGACUGA